CUGUCAGUUGUCACCAUCCCAGAUUUGUCAUUUGCUAUCAUUGAUAAAAUACUUACUCAUAUACACUCGUAUAUACAGAAUAUAAAUUUUCAUGUCAUAACAAUAAACAUAUAUCAUUUGAAACAAAACCACACAGAUUAUUUCUAUUGCUCUAUUACUAUUUACUUUGUAACUUAUUACUCCCGAGAAGGUAACGUUGUGCACAAAGUAACCUCAAAUUCUUACCAAGUAAAAUUUGUAUUGCUUUAAGUUUCGAGCAAAAAUGCAGCCAGAACUGUACACAUGUAGCUUGGAUCCAGACACGAGGACUUCACUUAAGAUGUACUUGUUUGAGAACGUGCAAAACGUUUCAGAAAUCAGAAAUAAUAUUAUGAAAGGCAUUUGGAACUGCGCGGUUAUAAAACCAAGUCUUAUUUUGGACCCGUUUCAAGUGGCAGUAGCAGCUAAUAAGGCGGUAGUGUCAGGGAAAUAUAAUUCCAUGGUGACACGGACAGUAUUUGCUGAGAUUUUAUACAAUUUAUCAUUGACCAAGAAUAUAUCACAGAGCCUUAGUAAGUUCGGUAUAGAGACCGACCAGGAUUUGUUAAUAUGUUUUGUAGUGACGGCCGAAAAGGAUGACAGCAAGGAAAUACUACCUCAAAUAGAAGGUAAACAGCGACCCAUCAAUGAGCUCGGUAAAUUCACAAACUUGAAAGAGAUUAAAUCUGUAUAUAAGUUAAAUAAUCUGAAGAGUGAUGAAAAUUUAUUAGAUGUUAUUGUAAGUAGAAUGGUAACUAAGAAUUUUGUUUCACAUUAAAUAUAGGUAUUAUAUUUUUCA